AUGCGCCCAACCCUCACAACCCACCUCACCCGUAUUGCCCAUCUCUCCCGCACCGUCGCCCCCCGUCGCGCAUCUGCAGUCCUCAGCCACGCCGCCCGUCGUCCAGUUACCGCAGCUACAUCUCUUGUUGUCACCUCGGCCAGCAUCCUCCCUGGAUCCCUCUUCUCCACCUCUGCCCCCACCAUGACCAACGUCCAGAAGACUGAUAGCGAGUGGAGGGCUCAGUUGAGUCCUGAGCAGUUCCGUGUUCUCCGCCAGGCGGGCACUGAGCGUCCCGGCUCGCACCCGUACGACAAGAAGCAGGACACUGGCGUGUACCACUGCGCCGGCUGCGACGCUGCCCUGUAUACCUCCAAGACCAAGUUCAACUCGGGCUGCGGCUGGCCCGCGUUCUUCGACACUGUUCCCGGCGCCGUGGUCCGUCGCGAGGACAGCAGUAUGGGUGUUGUGCGCACAGAGAUUGUGUGCGCUAACUGUGGUGGACACCUUGGCCAUGUCUUCAAGGGCGAAGGUUUCUCCACCCCGACCGACGAGCGGCACUGCGUCAACGGCAUCUCGCUCAACUUUAAGGAGGACGAGGGCAAGUAA